UGAGCUGUUAGAGGAGGGGCGCGGGAGGAGCAGUUUCAUUGACGUGGACGAGCAAAUCCGGAAAAAGACGAUGGAGCAGUAGCGGCGUGUCGAGAAGCUGCGAUCUCCGCAUUAACCUUAAAUCGAGACGGGAUUUGGCCGUCAAUCCCUCGGUCGCGUUUGGGUUCACGGGAGUCACACACGGGCUGAUCCUUUUCUGAUCCUGGCCCGGUCCGCCCCGCCCGCCCGACGCCUCCUCCUCCUCCCCCCACUCAGCAACAAUCAUGAUAAAAGCCAUUUUAAUAUUCAACAACCACGGCAAGCCGAGGCUGUCCAAGUUCUACGAGCAUUACACUGAAGACACAGAGCAACAGAUCAUCAGGGAAACAUUCCACUUAGUGUCCAAAAGAGAUGAGAAUGUCUGCAAUUUCCUUGAAGGUGGAAUGUUGAUUGGGGGAUCUGACUACAAGCUGAUCUACAGACACUAUGCCACGUUGUACUUUGUGUUCUGCGUGGACUCCUCAGAGAGUGAACUAGGAAUUUUAGAUUUAAUACAGGUAUUUGUGGAAACGCUGGACAAAUGUUUUGAGAAUGUCUGUGAACUUGACCUCAUUUUUCACGUAGACAAGGUUCACAACAUUCUGGCUGAGAUGGUGAUGGGCGGGAUGGUGCUGGAGACCAAUAUGAAUGAGAUAAUCACCCAGGUGGACGCCCAGAAUAAGAUGGAGAAGUCUGAGAUCAACACUCUGCCAUUCAUACGGACAAAACGGUCCCAUCUCUCCAGAUGAUCAUUGAGUCUCUAAAUCAUCUUUUUUUUAAUUAUAGAGAAGCACAAAAAAUGAAAUUGUAGGUCCUGUUGCCAAAUAUUUUCCCUGCCCAGGUGAUAUAACAGAUGGCUAGAUGGACAAUGAAACCUGGCGUGUUUGUUGCAAAUAAUAAUAAAAAGAAUUUUGAAUAAUAUUUUUUUCCCCAGUUUUUUAGUGUUUUGUAAUGACUGUAAGUGGACAUGUCUGCUGCUUUGCUUUUCCUGCAGCUUCUGCUAACAAAGCGCUAAGGACUAUUAAGGCGCGGCUGAAAAGGAAAAAAAAUCCCUAAAGAUAGAGGAAAUCUUAGUCUUAAAUUAGGCGCUAAUUUGUAUAUUUUCUCGUAUUCAGUCAUCAAAAAAUAUUUUAUAUUUUUCAUUUUUAAAGAAUAUUCAGUUUUAAAACACAGUCACAUUUUUUGCUAAUUUUUCUUGUGAUUUGAACUUGAACUUUUUGUGAAUUUUCGAGAUACUGUAUUGUUGCUUUCGAGACGAAGUUUAAAUUAACUUGUUUUUUUUUUUAAUAUAUAGAAAAAAGUUCUAAAAUACAGCAAGUCCUAUUAUUGAAAAAAGGAAAAAUAAAAGUCAAAGAAAUAGUAGGAAGGAGAGGAAAAAAAUGAGGCAACCCAUAAAAGGUUAUCAUAUUUUCCUAAGCUUAUGUUUUUAAAGGGUUUUGGUUUUCUUUUCAGUGUGGCCGUAAUACUUCUUCGUUAACAUCAAUUGAGAGUGAGAAUUACUGUCAGAUGAACAGCCAGAGACAAUUUCAUGUAGGGAAUAAAAAAAUGCUGACUGGACACAAUAACCUAAAGUGAGGCAUUGCUGAGUAGUUGGCUUCUGUAAUUGGCUAACUUCUGCUGUGUGCUCCAAUUUGACAGUGCCAAUAUAUAGACAUUGUCUUAACCUUGGUUGCAGUUUUGAGUUUUGUAAUCCAACAGGUUUUUUUUCUCUCUCAAUUUCUCUUUUUUCAAUUACUGUUCUGUAAGCAGAGGCUCAUCAGAGCUGCUCUGGUCUUUCCCCUUUGGUACCUACCGUAGACCACUCUCACUUGUAGGCUAAUUUAAAAUAACACCGUCUGUUCCUGGGCAGCUAUCAGUAACGAAUGAUCCGUUUAAUGAGACUGUCAAAAAUUACUGGCUUCACACAGGUCUUACAUAAGCCUCGUUGUGUUUAGGCGGGACACUUUGGAUCAAAGUUGGUGGUCUAUGAUAGGUCCUUUCACUUUUCUCCCUGUGCAGAUAAACUGUAAUUACUUUAACCUGCUUUAACAUUCCUCAUUCCUCUUUUCCCUCCUGACCCUGUCUAGUUCUUUCCAUUCUUCUCUCUCUCU